GUCUGUCCUGUAGUGGCAUCCCCGGGGGGGAGAGGCUGUCUCUGCCUCCCGGCUGCUACUGCACCGCGCCCGUCGCCGCGCGUGUGCAGGCCGGGGGCGGGGGGGGCACUGGUCUGUGGCGCCACCUGCCCCUGUGCGGUGGCGGUGAGCGGGGCCCACGCUGAGGGGAGGGGGGUGGGUGAAAACCUGUGGUGAGAGAGAGGGAAAGCGUGAGGGAGGCAGCGGGCCUGGUGUCCUUUGUGAAGUAAAUCAACACGUUAAACAGUGAAUUUGGUACAGCGGAUAAAGGUGAAAAGCGCAGAGCUGGGAGGAAAAGUGUUAACCUCUUCCCUGGAGAUGUACUGAAUCGGUUGCUACUGUGUGGGCAUUUUUUCCCCGCAGGUAGGAAAUCUGGUAUUUCCUAAAGAAAAAAUAAUGAAGAAAAGAAAGGUUUCAGUCCAUGUAUGAUUUUACAUUUUGGGAGCCCGAGCCCUUUGUAGAAAGGAAGGAUUUGUUGGAAGGAUGGCUGGCCAUGUUUGCAGCUUUGUCAGUCUGUAUCACAGAGAAACAGCAGAUGGAUACAGCGUGUGAUCUGUGGCUUAAAAGGAAUCAGAUUUGAAGACUGCUUUCCUGCCAGGAGCAUCCACCCAAACAAAGAGUUUUGAAAGGAUUGUUGUCAACUUCAAAAAAAUGCAUUGCCAUUUGAAAGUUUUGUGGUUUUUUGUAUAAGAGGAUCUAAGAUUUUGAAGUUACUUUCUCUCAGACUUCAGAAGAGGAAGUAGCUGCUAUUCUGCUCUAGCAGCCACAUCACCAGGGCAACAUGGCAUUUGCAGGCAAAUACGAAUUUGAAGGCGAUGAGAACUACGAUGACUUCGUGAAGAAGAUUGGUCUCCCCAGUGACAAGAUUGAAAUGGGAAGGAAUUGCAAAAUAGUCACUGAGGUGGUGCAGAAUGGAAAUGACUUCACCUGGACACAGCAUUUCCCAGGAGGCCACACCACGACCAACACAUUCACAAUCGGCAAGGAAGCAGACAUGGAGACAAUGGGUGGUAAAAAGUUCAAGGCAACUGUUAAAAUGGAAGAUGGCAAAAUAGUAGCUGAUUUUCCCAACUAUCGUCAUACUGCAGAGAUUUGUGGAGGAAAGCUAGUAGAGAUUUCUACUACUUCUGGUGUAGUCUACAAAAGGACCAGCAAAAGGAUUGCUUAAGGCAGUAAAGUCAGUCUUUUCCAGUGCACUGAAAAACAAAGAACAGGACAAAUAAACAAGAGUUUUGAUUGUCUUUCCCUCUUUCUUUGUAUUACAAACAUGAAGAAUUGUUUUUCAGAGUAAUAUUAUCCUCAGCAUUACUGCUUACCCCAUUCCUAAAGAUCUGACAAAUACUCAGAAAAUCAGAAGAUGCCACAAAUCAUUUAAUGAUGCUGUCCAGUCUAAGUAUUUCAGGAUAUGAUACGUACUUGACAUAUUCAAAUGUGGUCUACCACAUGCUUAAUAGAACCUCUAUUCAGUAUCUGUCUAGAGAACAGGACAAUACUCUGCCCAAAGCGUACAUCAAAAUGCAAGACCUGAUGAAAACCUUUUGCCCUAUUGCUGGUUGGAGGACAGAGAUUUAGGAGCUUGAAAACAAGAGAAAAUUUAGUUUAUCACUAAUUAAAAGAUAUGCUUU